AUGCCUUCAAAAGAGUGGGAUGAAGAGGAGAGCGGUUCCAGCGCACCCUCGUCUCCCAAGGUUUCUGCCGCUGCCGCUGCCGCCCGCCGCAAGUUCGACGACGAAGAGGAUGAUAGCGAUGUGCUCGAUUCUUGGGAUGCCGCAGAGGAUUCUGAAGUAGAGCGAGAGAAGGAGCGCAAGGCUAAGGAGGUCAAGGAGCAGGCCGCUGCUGAAGCUGCUGCCAACAAGAAGUCCAAGGCUCAGCGCAUCAAGGAGCACCAGGAUGCCCGUGCCAAGGCUCUCGCGGAAGAUUCUGACGAGGAUGAGGAGGAGGAGACCGAGGCUGAGCGCCGCGAACGUCUUCGCCGCACCGAGAAGGAGGCAGACAUGAAGCACGCCGAAGCCCUAUUCGGUAGUGAUGACUUUGGAGAUAUUGGCGUCAGCAACUCUCGCAAAGGCCAGACCGUUGGAACUGCCGUCGCUGUCAGCAACGACGAUCCUAGCAAGACUGUCAACAUUGCCACCCUCCCUCUCUUCAACCCCACCACCAAGGCCCAGUUUGAGCAGCUUCGCACGACCCUGGUGCCUAUCCUCGCCGCCAACGGCAAGAAGGCACACUACUCUCUCUUCCUGCAGGAGUUUGCCAAGCAGCUUGCUGCCGAGCUCCCCAGUGACCAGAUCAAGAUUGUUGCCAGCAAGCUCACGGCCCUGAGCAGUGAGAAGUUGAAGGUCGAGAAGGCCGCUCAAAAGGGUGGCAAGAAGACCAAGGCCGCCAAGACUAAGACAUCACUGGUCGCCAGCCGCGCUAAUACCGCUGACACGAACGCUUAUGAUGAAGAUGCUUUCGGAGAUGAUGAUUUUAUGUGA